CUGCAACUGGCGACGCCGUUUACCAUUACCAACAUGUCCAAAGACUCCCGGUACCUUCUGGUAUCGUUACCCACCUCCAUAUCCCCAUCCAACCACGCCGAAGAAGCCCUUUCAGCCCUACGCUCGACCGUCACCAAUGAUGUAGGCACCACGUACCCGUUCGCGAUACCCACUUUCAAGAUCGGUACUCUGGAUGCGCUCGUACAGCAAGCCGAUGACUUGGCGAAGCUGGAGUCUGCCUGUGAGAGUGUGGUGAACAAGGUGGGGGAUAGCUUGCGGAACCUGCUGGACGGGAAUGAGGAGAGAUUGCAGCAGCAGAAGACCAUCAACGAUAAACCGGUCGACCAAUAUCUCAGAUCUUUCCAAUGGAACAAGGUCAAAUACCGAGCUGAUAAACCGAUUGCCGAGCUCAUAGACUCUCUUCAGAAGGAAGCAGCAGGCAUUGAUAAUGAUGUCAGAGCAAAGUACAACCAGUACAAUCAGGUCAAGACCAAUCUUGCUACCUCGCAACGUAAACAGACAGGCAAUCUCUCCACCAAAUCUCUUGCAUCCAUAGUCAAACCCAAAGACCUCAUCCAAGACUCCGAAUACCUUGAUACCCAUUUGAUCGCUGUUCCCCUCAGUAACGCUAAGGACUUCCUCAAGACCUACGAAAGUAUCACCGAGAUGGUCGUUCCGCGAUCCGCAACCGAGAUCGCCCGCGAUGACGAAUUUAUACUGUACUCCGUUGUCACAUUCAAGAAGUACUCCACCGAAUUUGUGCACAAGAUCAGGGAGAAGCGGUGGACACCCCGCGACUACAAGUACAAAGAAGGUGGAAAGGAAGAGGAGGCGCGCGAAGUUGGCCGAUUAGAGAAGGAUGAGAAAAAGCUUUGGGGAGAGGCAUUGCGGUUAGGAAGAACCGGAUACUCCGAAAGCGCAAUGAUCUGGAUCCACGUCUUAGCUUUGAGGGUCUUCGUCGAGACCGUUCUGCGAUAUGGAUUGCCUCUUGAUUUCGUGUGCGGGCUGGUGCAGACCACAUCCAAACAAUCGAAGAAGGCAAAACAAAACCUAGACGAUGCGUACUCCUACCUAGGCGGAAAUGCCUUCGGAAGAGACAGCAAGGGCCGCAUCAAGAAGGACGACCAGGCCAUGUCCAACGACAUGCAACAAGCCGGCGGGCAUCUUGGUGACCAAGAGUACUCCGCCUACGUUUAUUACGAGUUUGAGAUUGUAUGAUCCGCACUACCAGCGUCGCAUUUUUGAAAGUCGUAGCUGCGGGGUUGUAUGGCGUCGUAGCCCUGCCUGCUCAAUCAAUGUAGAAUAUAGUUGAGUCCGCAAUGUUAACAUCUCUGAUCGGUUGAUUCAAGCCUUGACACUUCCGCC